AUGACUAAUCGAAAGUUGCUGUCGUUGUUCUUCCUGUUGUUGAUCCCAACAGUUCUCUACGCUGGGGAUUACUCCAAAUCCAUUUGCGGAAGCACUGGAAAUUACAGCAGCAACAGCGCAUACAGCAAUAAUCUCAACACCACACUCUCUUCUCUCUAUAAAAACAUCGACAGCGAUGGCUUCUACAACGCCUCGACCGGGCAGGGGCCCGACAGAGCCAACGCCCUCGCGCUGUGCAGAGGCGACGUUCAACUCAGUGUAUGCCGUGAAUGCGUGCAAAACGGCGUCGCCUCACUCGUGGACUCGUGCCCGGCUCAGAAGCGGGCAGUCUUCUGGGAUGAUUUCUGCACUCUGCGAUACUCGAAUGCUACCGUCUACGCGACUCUGGCGACUAGCCCCGUACACUACUUGUCGUAUCCAGUGAACGUGACCAGUCCAGAGCAGUCCAAGGCAGAUCUGAGGAUGUUGCUCGAUGAUCUUCGUAGACGAGCCGCUGGUGGCUCGUCUACGAAGGUGGCAGCUGGGAAUGUAACUGGACCCGAUUUUCAAAUGAUUUUCGGGUUAGUUCAGUGCACCCCGGAUUUGUCAUCACAGGAUUGUACAAGCUGUUUGGUUGGUGCCAUUUCGGAAAUACCGCAAUGCUGUGAUGGGGUGCAAGGCGGCAGAGUACUCAGGCCAAGUUGCAAUCUUCGUUUCGAGAGCGCUCCUUUUUUCAAUGAGACUAGGCUUCUGGAACUAGAGUUUGUUCCUCCGCCUCCUCCUCUUAUCGAGCCGCCUCCACAGUCACCACCGUCAGCAGGAAAGAAAAAUGUUAGCACAACUAUUGUCAUAAUUGUUGUUGUAGUUGUUGUGUGUUUGAUUGUGGCUGUAUCAGCUAUCAUCUUUCUAAGAAAGAAAAAGAAACAGAAACCAGCAGAGAUUCCUCAAAAUGUGGACGAGAUUAGCACAAUCGAGUCUCUGCAGUAUCCUUUCAGCACAAUCAAAGCCGCAACAAAUGAUUUCUCAUAUCUUAAUAAGCUGGGCCAAGGUGGAUUUGGAAGUGUUUACAAGGGGAAACUUCCAAAUGGUCUAGAAAUUGCAGUGAAAAGAUUGUCGAGAGAUUCUGGGCAGGGCAAUAUAGAAUUCAAAAAUGAGGUUCUGUUAUUGGCGAAGCUUCAACACCGGAAUCUAGUUAGACUGUUAGGUUUCUCCUUAGAAGGAAUGGAGAAGUUGUUAGUAUAUGAAUUUGUUCAAAAUGCAAGCUUGGAUAACUUCAUAUUCGUCAGGCAUUUAAAUUUGGAUUGGGAUAGUCGCUACAAGAUCAUAGGAGGUGUCGCGAGGGGAAUCCUCUACUUGCACGAAGAUUCCCGUCUCAAAAUCAUCCACCGUGAUUUAAAAGCUAGUAAUAUUCUUCUAGACAGUGAGAUGAGCCCCAAGAUUGCGGACUUUGGUAUGGCGAAAUUGUUCGGACAAGAUGAAACGCAGGGAAAUACAAGCCGAGUCGUAGGAACAUACGGUUAUAUGCCACCAGAGUACGUAAUGCAUGGCCAGUUCUCGAUCAAGUCCGACGUCUACAGCUUUGGAGUAUUAGUCCUUGAAAUCAUCAGCGGACAAAAAAACAAUGGCUUCCGAAGAGAGGGUGACAGCGUAGGAGACCUCCUGAGCUUCGCUUGGGAAAGUUGGCAAGAAGGAAGAGGUGGAGAAGUGGUGGACCCAUUUUUGAGGAGUGGUUCAGGUUCAGGUUCGACAAAUGAAAUGCUUAGAUGCAUCCAUAUUGGUUUGCUAUGUGUUCAGGAAGAUCCCGCGGAUCGGCCAACCAUGGCUUCUGUGGUGCUUAUGCUGAGCAGUUCCUCCAUAACAUUAAACUUGCCUUCGCAGCCAGCAUUUUACGCUACCAUUGGUCAUGGUUCGGAUGCAUCGCUUAUUCACAACUCCUACUCCACAAAUUCUCACCACAGGACUACUUCUCGGUCGUUGCAGCAGUCUCACCAUUCCUCGCAAAAUGAUAUAUCCAUUUCCGACUUAUAUCCUCGCUGACUCGGCCCAGAAAAAGUUUAUGUAUUAAUAUUCGUAUUGUGUUUUCGUAUCAUGUCAACAUUGUUUUCGAAGGAAUUUUUAGUUUAUA